UUUCCGAAGGCGAAUACCGCAUAUUACGGUUGCAGCUCUGAAACCCUCGACUUUUUCCUCUCUUGUUCAUUGCCCUCUCCCUCUUGUACAUAACCAAGGUAGGAUGGUUCAGAACCACAAACAAGACCAUGAUUUCAACCAAACUCACUCCUCUGGUGCACCCAUGGCUUCGGGGAAUAAUAAGGCCCAGCAGCACGACGACACGGAAACCAUGCCAGAGUACCGGCUCAAGGUAGCUGCACAGCUUGGGUUAUGUAUGGCGCUUGCCGUUAUGGUACUGAUUUAUAUUUCAAGUUGUUUCAAUCUAUUCGCCAUGUGUACCGCAAAGGUCAAUGAAGAAAUUAGUUUGAGGAAAUAUACGGAGGCACUUAGGAAUCUGCUAUGCCCUGUCCUGAAGCUGAUAAAUCAACAUGUAAGCAUGUCCAAGUUGGUUCCCUUGAUUGAAUUGUUCAGUUUCCUUGUGAUUAUAUGUGCUGUUACUGUAUUGCUUCUUCUGGGUGCAAAAUUCACUCGCAUUCAUGUUGCUAUGUUCUGUAUUUGGUCCAUUCUCAUGCUCCAAGGAUCAGAUACUUUAACCAUUGGGAUCUACCUUAUAAUACUUGGAUUAUACUGCAUAUGUUGGUCCCGAAAAAAGGAACCACCAAAUGGGAAUGAAAAGCUGCAGCCAAAGAGAGAAUCCAAGAGUUAUUUUGAGAUGAAUCCGUGACUUUUGUAUUAGGGAUACCUAUGCUAAAUGAAUGUCUCUUUUGUGUUUAUGUUUGCCGAGCUUUGUAAUUCGAAGCGGUUUGGUACUAUAAGUUGGUUGGGUAAGGAACUAUGUGUACCUGAUUAACAAUUACUUGGAGUAUACUAUAUAAUCAUAGCUGUAUGAUUGUACCCAGUGAGGUUUCGGUUUGCGUUUAACUAGUGCUUAUAGAAUCUCGUUCUAUUUUCGGUGCACACAAAUUGUGCUGGGAAUAGUUGUUGACUCGAGAGUGUCCUUCCAUGCUUUUCAGCACCUCUAACAAUUUAACCUAGAAGAUUCAUAACAGUUUUGUUUUAGAUUUAGUAAUAGUCUAUACGAAAUUAGAUGUUGAUAACUAUAUUCUAUUAUCCAAGGCCAUUUUCAGCCAA